AUGUUUUGGAAAUACUUAGUACUGACACUUCUUCCAACCUUUGCGUACAGUCGUAUUACAGUUCGCAUAAAACCGAAGUCUGAUGGUUACAGCGCUUUCAUCGAUUAUACCGGUAAAGAGGUGUCAGUAAUCAGCGACAAGGAGAUGAAGAUUUUCGGGCUCAGCAACGAAUCCUUGAAAAACGCCUCCGAAGUAUUUAUGGGCAAACGUUGUACAAAUGUUUACGUAAAACCGCCAACACCCUGGGGAAACGUGUUCGAAAAAUAUAAUUGGGAUGUUGUUAAAACCACGCUCCAGCCACUUUAUGGUGCUGUAAAAAGGAAUAGCUCGGAUUCUGUUGUUCUUGGUGUCCAGGAAUAUGUUAAUAAUUUCGGCAAAAACAACAUGACGCAGCAUGUCAAUGUGACACUAGACAUUUUAGAGGAAAUCAUUCAUAAUUGGACAAAAGGAGAAGAUCUGGGUCUUGGACGAGAAAUCUACUAUAAUAUUAACUUUGGAGAUGAAAGUUUAGGCGGUACUACGUCGAUGAUUUACUCGGCGCCUUGGGGUGAAAGUCUUUUCAAAUCAAGAUUAGUAACGGUUGGAAAGAACUCAACAGCAAUCGUUACAAUUCCUCCUGGAGGUAAGGUAUUGGCCACUGUAACGGCUAUACAGCAUACGAUGGAAAUCCAAAUCAUAUACGAAUCUAAUAUCAAUGGAUGGGUAUUUUGCAACUAUGAAAAUAAAUUUGAGGGACAUCAUUUUUAUGCGAUGGAGCUCAGGGAACUGCAACAUAUUAUGCAUACACCCAUGUCUAAGUUCGCCUCGGAAACGAUAACGCUUAAAUACUAUACCGACUUUAAAGUAGAAAUAUCUGAUGACAGUAAUACCCAAUCACAUACGUUCAUGUACGUUUAG